AACUGUUGCAGCGCGCGGGAGCUGGGAGGCGACGCAGCCGUCUCCCGUCCCGAGCCGUGCCUGAGGGGAAAGGGAAAAGGCGUCCGCGGCAGCCGGCCCUGGGACACCGAGAAUCCCCUCUCGCCGCUCUCCACUGCGGGCAUGAGGCGGACGCCGCCGCCCCUCAGCCCGCGCGCCGGGGAUCCGGGGCGGCGGCGGCGGCAGGCGCAGCCGUGACCGCUCUGCGAAGCUCGGGGCGCCCGGAACGGGGAGGGCGCGGGGUCGGCGAGCGCCAGCGGCCUCCCGGCAGCCCGGGGCUAUGAGGAAGGACGAGCGCGAGCGGGACACGCCAGCCAUGAGGUCCCCGCCGCCGCCGCCGCCGCCGGCCACGGCCACGGCCGCCUCGCCCCCCGAGAGCCUGCGCAACGGCUACGUGAAGAGCUGCGUGAGCCCGCUGCGGCAGGACCCUCCGCGCAGCUUCUUCUUCCACCUCUGCCGCUUCUGCAACGUGGAGCCGCCGGCGGCCUCGCUCCGCGCCGGGGCACGCCUCUCGCUCGCCGCUCUGGCCGCCUUUGUCCUGGCCGCGCUGCUGGGCGCGGGGCCCGAGCGCUGGGCGGCCGCGGCGACCGGGCUUCGGACGCUGCUGAGCGCUUGCUCGCUCAGCCUCAGCCCGCUCUUCAGCAUCGCCUGUGCCUUCUUCUUCCUCACCUGCUUCCUGACGCGCGCGCAGCGCGGCCCGGACCGCGGCGCCGGCUCCUGGUGGCUGCUGGCGCUGCCUGCCUGCUGCUACCUGGGCGACUUCGCGGCGUGGCAGUGGUGGUCGUGGCUGCGCGGGGAGCCGGCGGCGGCGGCGGCCGGCCGGCUCUGCCUGGUGCUGAGCUGCGUGGGGCUGCUGACGCUCGCGCCUCGCGUGAGGCUGCGGCACGGAGUCCUGGUGCUGCUCUUCGCCGGCCUGGUGUGGUGGGUGUCCUUCUCCGGCCUCGGGGCUCUGCCGCCCGCGCUCAGGCCUCUGCUGUCGUGCCUGGUCGGGGGCGCGGGAUGCCUGCUAGCCCUGGGCUUGGACCACUUCUUUCACGUCCGGGGAGCCUCACCUCCCCCGCGCUCGGCGAGUACCGCGGAUGAAAAAGUGCCUGUGAUCAGACCCCGGAGGAGGUCCAGCUGCGUGUCGCUGGGAGAAAGCGCGGCCGGUUACUAUGGCAGUGGCAAGAUGUUCAGGAGACCGUCGUUGCCUUGUAUUUCUCGAGAACAGAUGAUUCUCUGGGACUGGGACUUGAAGCAGUGGUGUAAACCUCAUUACCAGAAUUCUGGAGGUGGAAAUGGAGUUGAUCUUUCAGUGCUAAAUGAAGCUCGCAAUAUGGUGUCAGACCUUCUGAUUGACCCAAGCCUUCCCCCACAAGUCAUUUCUUCUUUGCGGAGUAUCAGUAGCUUGAUGGGUGCUUUCUCAGGUUCCUGUAGGCCAAAGAUUAAUUCUUUCACACCAUUUCCUGGAUUUUAUCCCUGUUCUGAAGUAGAAGAUCCAGUAGAGAAAGGCGAUCGAAAACUUCACAAGGGGUUGAGUAGCAAACCCAGUUUCCCGACUGCACAGCUGAGGAGGAGCUCAGGAGCGUCAGGAUUGCUGACCAGUGAGCACCACUCACGGUGGGAUCGCAGCGGUGGCAAAAGGCCUUACCAAGAACUCAGUGUUUCAAGUCAUGGAUGCCACCUAAAUGGGCCUUUUAGUUCAAAUCUUAUGACAAUUCCAAAGCAGAGGUCAUCAUCUGUGUCGCUGACGCACCAUGCAGGUCUGAGAAGAGCUGGUGCUUUGCCCAGCCCCAGUCUUCUGAAUUCUUCAAGCCAUGUACCCGUGUCUGCUGGCUGUCUAACUAAUCGAUCACCCGUAGGAUUUCUUGAUACCAGUGAUUUUCUUACUAAGCCAAGUGUUACUUUACAUAGAUCACUGGGCAGUGUAUCCAGUGCAGCAGAUUUCCAUCAGUACCUUAGGAACUCUGACAGCAGUCUGUGUAGCAGCUGUGGACACCAAAUACUCAAGUAUGUUUCGACAUGUGAACCUGAUGGUACAGACCACCACAAUGAAAAAUCAGGUGAAGAAGACAGCACUGUUUUCUCAAAAGAACGAUUGAACAUUGUGGAAACUCAAGAAGAAGAGACAGUGAAGGAAGACUGCAGGGAAUUAUUUUUGGAAGGUGAUGAUCACCUAAUGGAAGAGGCCCAGCAACCGAAUAUUGACCAGGAAGUGUUAUUGGACCCGAUGUUAGUGGAAGAUUAUGAUUCAUUAAUAGAAAAGAUGAGCAACUGGAACUUUCAGAUUUUUGAGCUUGUAGAAAAAAUGGGAGAAAAAUCAGGAAGGAUUCUCAGCCAGGUUAUGUAUACUUUAUUUCAAGAUACUGGUUUAUUGGAAACAUUUAAAAUUCCCACUCAAGAAUUUAUGAAUUAUUUUCGUGCACUAGAAAAUGGCUACCGAGAUAUUCCAUAUCACAAUCGUGUGCAUGCCACAGAUGUCCUACAUGCUGUUUGGUAUUUGACAACACGACCAAUUCCUGGCUUACAGCAGCUCCAUAAUAACCAUGAAACAGAAACCAAAGCAGAUUCAGAUGCUAGACUUAGUUCUGGACAGAUUGCUUACCUUUCUUCGAAGAGUUGCUGUAUUCCAGAUAAGAGUUAUGGCUGCCUGUCUUCAAACAUUCCUGCGUUAGAACUGAUGGCUUUAUAUGUGGCAGCUGCCAUGCACGAUUAUGAUCACCCAGGAAGAACAAAUGCAUUCCUAGUGGCUACAAAUGCACCUCAGGCAGUUUUAUACAAUGACAGAUCUGUUCUAGAAAAUCAUCAUGCCGCAUCAGCGUGGAAUCUGUAUCUUUCUCGCCCAGAAUACAACUUCCUCCUUAACCUUGAUCACAUGGAAUUCAAGCGUUUUCGAUUUUUAGUCAUAGAAGCAAUCCUUGCUACAGAUCUCAAAAAACAUUUUGAGUUCCUUGCUGAAUUCAAUGCCAAGGCCAAUGAUGUAAAUAGUAACGGUAUAGAAUGGAGCAGUGAAAACGAUCGACUCUUAGUCUGCCAGGUGUGCAUCAAAUUAGCAGACAUCAACGGCCCAGCAAAAGAUCGGGAUCUUCAUUUGAGAUGGACAGAAGGCAUUGUGAAUGAGUUUUAUGAGCAGGGAGAUGAAGAAGCAACCCUGGGUCUACCUAUUAGUCCCUUCAUGGAUCGUUCUUCUCCUCAACUAGCAAAACUCCAAGAGUCAUUUAUCACCCACAUUGUGGGCCCCCUGUGCAACUCCUAUGAUGCUGCUGGCUUGCUGCCUGGUCAGUGGAUAGAAGCAGAAGAGGGUGACGAUACAGAAAGUGAUGAUGAUGAUGAUGAUGAUGAUGAUGAUGAUGAUGAUGAUGAUGAUGAUGAUGAAGAGUUAGAUUCAGAUGAUGAAGAAACAGAAGACAAUCUAAAUCCUAAACCACAAAGAAGGAAAGGCAGGCGGCGAAUAUUUUGCCAACUAAUGCACCACCUCACUGAAAACCACAAGAUCUGGAAGGAAAUCAUAGAAGAGGAAGAAAAAUGUAAAGCUGAGGGGAACAAACUGCAGGUGGAUAAUGCCUCCUUACCUCAGGCAGAUGAGAUUCAGGUCAUUGAAGAAGCAGAUGAAGAGGAAGAACAAAUGUUUGAAUGAGAAGAAAACUCAUGCUGAAGAAGCCUGGGGUGCUCUUCCCAGGGUCGUUACCUAGUGCUCACCGUACUGAUUCUCAACUGACCAUUCCCAUGUGGACAGGCCUUAAUACUGUGAGGGGAUCCUUGCUACCUUGGUAGUUCUCACUCCUAAGCACUUUGAUUACAGACUAGAGACUGACCUUAGAGCUUUCUGCAGUUGAGUGAUGCUGCAGAGCCUUCUCCAAGCCUUCACUGGUGUGUAAAUAGUGUGUCAUAAUGCUGCUUUGCUGGGUAGUGAGCUCUCGUUUGUCAUGGUGAGGGAGGGAGGUAGGGAGGGAGGGAGGGAUGGAGGGAUGGAGGGAAGGAGGGAGGGCUAACACAGAAAAGUCAAGUGACCUUGGUUUUCAAAGUGACCAUAAUUCUUUUAUGAAAACAGGAUACCUCGGGUAUUUCCAAAUAUAUCUUCUAUGUCUUUGUUUGGGGGUGGGAUGGGGCAAGAAACAAACUUCUAUGCUUAAUCCAAAAAGGAAUUUAUCACGGCCUUUCUGAGUGAUUUCUGCUCGUGGCAGUACACUGUUCCAUGUGGUUCUCCUAGCUUCAUCCGUGAAGGACUGAGGACCUUUGUUAUACUUAACAAAACCCAGAUGCAUCAAUUUCUGAUGCUUUUUACUGUUGUGUAUAAUCUACUUAAGUGUUUUAUUUCUGCCGAAAGUAUUCAGGUUUGCUGUGGACAUCAGGAGUCUGAAUUCUGUUCUUACUGAUUUUGUUCCAUGGUUGAAUUUUAAAAGUGUUUAACAAUGAAGGAACUUUAUUCUUUAGUCAAAACUGUUAUUUUUAUUCUUGCUCAGGAUACAUAAUUUUAAACAUUAAUUAUUAUAAACGUGGCAUAGAUUUGCCAGAAAAAAAACAUUGUCCUAAUAUUGAUGUUACCUUUUAUGAAAUGAGCACCAUUUUCUUUUAAUUAAAGCCAAGAAAAAGGAGAUGACUAUCUUUUGCCUUAGUGGAAAAUCAAAUGAAAACAAAACCCAUUGAAGGUAUUGCCUAAAUAAUUAGUUAUCUUUAAAUAUGUGUCUUAGGUGUCUUGUAUUCUUGUGUCUGGUUAUAGUAAAACUGACAAUUUUUGUUACUACCUUUCUGCUUCAAGGGGACAAUGGCAGAGAUGACACAUCACUAUGUAGUAAUACUACAGCCCCACAGAAAGACUGAAUUUUGAAGUAAUGUAUAUGAUGGGAAUUCAUAUUAAUUUUUACAUUAAAAUGCUAUGAAUAGUUCAAUAAACAAUUCCAUAAAGUACAUAUAAAUAAUUUACUAAGAAAAAGACAACAUUUAUGUUUACAUAACCUCAUUAGAGUACAGCAAUUGUGGAAAAUUACUGAAGUUAUACAAAGCAACCAAAAUGAUACCAAGAUGGUUAACUGAUUUCUCAAGUGAUACUUUAAGACCAUACAAUAUUUUGGAGCCAUUGAACUUUGUGCACAGUUAACUGUUAGUUUCUACAGUGGUUCCUAUAUAGUAUGAUGCUAGAAUUUCUUGCCUGCCUAGUUAUUUAGGUUGUCUAUAAGACCGCAGUUAAAGUUGGAUUGGAAUACUGGUAUUUUUGACCCUGCAGGUACCAUAUUUAAUGAAUCACUACACUUUAUUUAUUAAACAUUUGAGGGUUGAGUUCCUUCAUGUCACUUUUGCUACCACAACCACAUGAUUUGUAAACUGGUUCCAGCAUCUAUUACUAAGUAAUAAAAUUUUAACUGAUAAUCUA